ACAUAACUAGAUACAUAAUAAAAAUAACUUUGACUUUUAAAUUUAAAAAAAACCAAAUGAAAUUUUAAUAAAAUAUAAAAUGUAACAAUUCUAUCCAGUUAAGCUGUUACAUUUGUACCCUUUUUAUUUAAUUCUCGUUUACUCUUUAUUUUUAUGAAAAAUUAUUAUUAAGAACCUUGCUACAACAGAAAUGUAUCAAACUGCAUCUACCAACUUAAAAUGUGUGCUUUUAAAAACAUUAGAAAUGUAUAGCUUAAAUCCGAAAUUUAUUUAUUGUAUUACAACUGACAAUGGAGCGAAUAUGUUGAAAACUGUUUCAUUAAUUCGCGAAAUGAAUAGAGACUACGACAAUAAUGAAGAAAUUUCUGAAAAUUAACAUAAUUUUGAAGGUGACCUAGUUCAUAUAGAUGAAGAGAACAGUAGCAAUAUUUCUGAAUGUUCUGAUGAAAUUAAUAAUAUAAUAGAUGACCAAGAAAAUGAAAAUAACCAUGAUACGUUGCCUUCAAUUUUUAACGAUUUGGGUGCAACAGUCAAUACAUCGGAAGUAUUGAGGUGUAUGCGAUGUGCUGCUCAUUAUAUUACAAUUAUCAAAACAAGAUAUAUUUAAAAUAGAAAAUAUAAAAUCCACUAUAAAUAAAUCACGGGAAUUGGUGAAGUUAUUGAGAUUACCGACAAAUUUGGAAGCUCUUAAAAAUAUGGAUUUAAAAGGGCCUGUAAUCGAAUGUGUAACACGAUGGGGAUCAACAUAUGAUAUGUUAGAAAGUCUAUUAAGAUGUCAACAUUUUUGUCAGGUGUUUGGUAGACAUCAAACAAGAUUAAACGUAGACAGUGAUUUUUGGACAUCUACAAAUGACCUAAAAAAUGCUCUUGGACCAGCUAAAAUAACUAGUUGUAUUUUACAAGCCCAGAAAUUAUACCCAGGAGAUUGUUUACUUCAUUGGAAGAAAUGCAUUAUAAACACAAGAAAUAUAAAUUCAUUUAUUUCAAAUAGUAUCGUUGAAGCUAUACAAAGACGAGAAACUACUUUAUUUAACUGUGAUAGUUUCAAGUUGGCUAUUUUUUUGGAUGGUCAUGUCAAUGUUUUAUUAGAUGAAAUUACACUAAGAGAAGCUAAAAGUCAUUUGAUUCUCUUGUCUUCAGAAUUACACAACAUUGAUCCUGUCAUUAGAGAAGAGCCAUCUGUUUCAAAUAAUAAUAUUGAAUACAAUGAAGUAGAUGACUUAGAGAUUGAACUUCGUACGGCAGCAGCUAACCGGAGUAGUGGUUUCGUUAAUAGUCAAGACCAAGUAAUGUUGGACAUUCAAAGGGAAAUUGUCACAGUGGAACGUCUUUUUUCCAGUUUAAAAUGUAUAUUAAAUGAUCAAAGAAAUAGGAUGAACCCAAGUUUACUGGAAGAUAUAAUGGUUAUACGAUCAAACUAUUUAUUUGAAAAAAGCUAAUCUAUAGUAUUCUUAUGUAUUUA